CCGGUGCCGCUCCGCCGGGGCUCCGCGCCGCUMCCCGCCCGCCCCGCGGGGCUAUGAGGCCGUAGGGCCCGCGGGCCGGAGCAGCCUGCCGCCGCCAGCAUGUUCGGCCGCUCCCGCAGCUGGGUGGGCGGCGGGCACGGGAAGGCCGCCCGCAGCAUCCACUCCUUGGACCACCUCAAGUACAUGUAUCAUAUUUUGACUAAAAAUACAACAGUAACAGAUCACAACCGAAACCUGCUGGUGGAGACCAUUCGAUCCAUAACGGAGAUUCUUAUCUGGGGCGAUCAGAAUGACAGCUCAGUGUUUGACUUUUUCUUGGAGAAGAAUAUGUUUGUUUUCUUCCUGAACAUCCUGCGUCAGAAGUCUGGACGUUAUGUGUGUGUGCAGCUGCUGCAGACUCUGAACAUCCUCUUUGAGAACAUCAGUCAUGAAACAUCCCUGUACUACCUGCUCUCUAAUAACUACGUGAAUUCUAUUAUUGUCCACAAAUUUGACUUUUCUGAUGAGGAGAUCAUGGCAUAUUACAUAUCAUUUUUGAAAACCCUUUCCCUGAAACUCAAUAACCAUACYGUACAUUUCUUUUACAAUGAGCACACUAACGACUUUGCUUUGUACACUGAAGCUAUUAAAUUUUUUAACCAUCCCGAAAGCAUGGUCAGGAUUGCUGUUAGGACUAUAACUUUAAAUGUCUACAAAGUGGACAACCAACCUAUGCUGCAUUACAUUCGAGAUAAAACCGCAGUUCCUUAUUUCUCCAACCUCGUCUGGUUUAUUGGCAGCCAUGUGAUAGAACUGGAUAACUGUGUGCAGACUGAUGAAGAGCACAGAAAUAGGGGCAAGCURAGUGACUUGGUAGCAGAACAUCUUGAUCAUUUGCAUUACCUUAAUGAUAUCCUUAUCAUUAAUUGUGAAUUUUUAAAUGAUGUGCUGACAGACCACCUACUUAAUAGGCUCUUUCUUCCCCUCUACGUGUAUUCAUUGGUAAAUCAAGACAAGGGUGGAGAACGUCCAAAAAUAAGUCUCCAGGUUUCCCUCUAUCUUCUUUCUCAAGUUUUUCUGAUUAUACAUUAUGCUCCCUUGGUGAACUCCUUGGCUGAGGUUAUACUCAAUGGUGAUCUCUCGGUGUUUUCUUCUAAGGUUGAGCAAGAUAUACAGAAAAACUCAGCAAAGUCAAGUAUCAGAUGUUUCAUAAAACCAACAGAAACACUUGAGAGGUCUCUUGAAAUUAACAAACAGAAAGGGAGGAARAGGAUGCAGAAAAGACCCAACUAUAAAAAUGUUGGUGAAGAAGAUGAAGAGGAGAGAGGAUCUGAAGAUAACCAAGAUGACCUUGAUAAAAGUAAAGGUACAGAAGCAAGUUCAAAGAGCAUAAGAACAAGCACUGAAAAUGAAGAAAUAGAGAUGGUAAUCAUGGAGAGAUGUAAGCUGUCAGAGCUGUCUAUCUCCACUGUGACAGAACAGAAUACAACAGAUGAAGAAAAGAGUGCAGCUGCUUCUGGGAGUGAGAUAACAAACUGGAACAGGCCUUUUCUUGAUAUGGUGUAUAAUGCACUGGACUGUCCUGAAGAUGAUUACUAUGCCCUCUUUGUGCUCUGUCUUUUAUAUGCAAUGUCACACAACAAAGGACUYGACUCAGUCAAGCUGGAAAGAAUUCAACUUCCAGCUCAACAUGCUGAAGAGAGAAAUUCAUAUAAUCAUGUCCUUGCAGAAAGGCUCAUCAGGAUAAUGAGUUAUGCUGCACAACCAGAUGGAAAAAUUCGUUUGGCAACUUUAGAACUUGGCUGCCUAUUGCUGAAGCAGCUGGUGUUUUCUAAAAAUGGCAGGAUCAUAAAAAGUGUUCACCUUGAUUGUCUUGAGGGUGCAAGAGAGGAAAGUGUUCAUCUCCUUCGUAGUUUCUACAAGGGAGAAGAAAUUUUCCUGGAUAUGUUUGAAGAUGAAUACCGGAGUAUGACAAUGAAACCUAUGAAUGUAGAAUACUUGAUGAUGGAUGCUUCAAUCUUGUUACCCCCAACGGGGACACCACUGACUGGUAUUGAUUUUGUGAAAAGGUUGCCUUGUGGAGAUGUGGAAAGAACACGAAGAGCAAUCAGAGUUUUCUUUAUGCUCCGUUCACUGUCACUGCACUUGCAAGGUGAACUAGAAACUCAGUUACCGCUUACRAGGGAGGGAGAUCUGAUAAAGGCAGAUGAUGUUCUUGAUUUGAAUAACAGCGAUCUAAUUGCUUGUACUGUCAUAACAAAGGAUGGGGGUCAAGUUCAAAGAUUCCUGGCUGUGGAUAUUUACCAGAUGAGUUUGGUUGAACCAGAUGUUGCCAGACUUGGAUGGGGAGUAGUUAAAUUUGCAGGCCUUCUACAGGAUAUGCAGGUGACAGGAGUAGAGGAUGACAGUAGAGCUCUGAACAUAAUAAUUCACAAGCCUGCCUCAAGUCCUCAUUCGAAGCCCUUCCCAAUCCUCCAAGCUACAUUUAUUUUUUCGGAUCACAUUCGCUGCAUUAUCGCGAAACAGCGUCUGGCCAAAGGCCGUAUCCAAGCCCGGCGCAUGAAAAUGCAGAGAAUAGCAGCUCUCCUGGAUCUUCCUGUUCAGCCUUCAACUGAAGUUAUGGGUUUUGGACACAGCUCUGCUGCAGCCCAGCACCUCCCAUUUAGAUUCUAUGACCAGUCCCGGCGUGGGAGCAGUGACCCGACAGUGCAGCGCUCUGUCUUUGCAUCUGUUGACAAAGUCCCAGGCUUUGCUGUAGCCCAGUGUAUAAACCAGCACAGUGCAUCCCCACUGUCRUCACCAUCCCCUUCCAGUGGCAGUGGCAGUACAGGGCGCUGUGAUUCAGUGACUGCAAGCUCGACAUCCACUCCUUCUGCUGCACAGAGCCCAGCAGGUCUGGCAGGAAAGGACGCCGGCGGGUGUUUAGUCUGUCGGAGGCUGACAGUCACGGUGGACACUGGGUUUAGGCCUUCCAGCAGCAGCUGCAGCAGAAACUCCCGCAAUACCCACUCAGAUGAWGCUUCAGCUCCAGAGCAGCCUCCGAUGGCCAGUUCCGGUCAGACGAUGUUGACUGAUGAAUCUCUUCCAGCUGUCUCCAAAUCCAGCAAAAACGCUGUAAAAAGCAGUGACAUAGAAACAGCCAACCUGUCUCCCAGCCUGAUUCCCGCACAGCAGCCCACAAUAUCCUUAAUCACAGAUGACAACACGGACACGCUGAGCGUGGAGUCGCUCACACUGGUGCCACCAGUGGAUCCACACAGCAUUCGAACAUUCAGCUGCAUCCCUCAGGCCUCUUUGCAGUCUGAAGUUGAAGUUGACAAAGUAAAAGAGGUAGAGGAAGAACAUUCUGACUAAAGCCAAGGUGCAGACUGUGAUAAACAGUGAAGGAAAUGCAAACCAAAUUGUGAAUUGUUUUUUCUCUGGGAGUUCAGAUACUUCUGGAGGCCUGAGAGGCCUCAGGUCCACACGAAGGGACCAACUGGUGACAGAMAAUGUCAACAAAAUUUGGAGCCAACAUUGGCUACUCGGUGUGUCUGAACUGGAGAAUGGGAAAAAAMCCCAAACUUUCCAGUCUGGACUGGUUCUUUCCUACCAAUUUCUGUUAUAUAAGAACAUGAAAGUAUUUCAGAGGAYCUACUAUCUUUCUAACAGGAACUAAACAAUUGUGAAAGAUCUACAGUAUUAUGGCAAAGUGAAGAGAUUUUUGGAUACCCAGCUUCAUGAUACUGCAUUAUUACGUCUCUGAAACUGGAGACAUACCAUUGACCCGAAAAAAUUAUAUAUUGUAAGACAGAGGUAAAGCUUCCAUUUGAGUCAGGUUUUUUCAGUUYGGGUUUGGRGUUUUUUUGUGGAGGAGGGAUUUUGGGGUUUUGUUUGGCUUUUUUGUUUGGUUGGUUUUGUUUCUUAAUCCUGAUCUUGUUAAUCUUUUGGAGGUCUGCAAAAUACCAGCAGGCUUGGCCACUUUCAGUAUUGUCUUUGUGGGACUCCAGACUUCAAUAUUAUGUUUUCCAUAUGUAAUAUUUAUUUCAAGAUUUAUUUCAAAGGUACACCUUUCUAGAUGUAAAAGCCUGAAGUUUAAUGACAAAUGCUUAUUCAAAUUAACAUAAGRGAUUUUUGAGACUACUUUAGUCUUUGCUUAGCCACCUACAGAGGAAUGUAAAAUAUUUUAAGAGAUUCCUAUAGCUUGUUUGUUCACUUCUGACAGUCAAAAUCUGCACAUCUGAGGAAUUGUGAUAUCCCUGCAACUGAAAGACAACUUCAAGAUGCAGACAGAAGCAGUUAUAGUCUAAAGAGGUUUUUCAAAUUUUUCAUAGUCACAUAGGAAGAAGGUCACCAUAUCUAACUGAUAAUUCCUUUGCAAGUCUGAAACUCAAAAGGCAAGGUAUUGUGACUAUUUUUUUUUUCCUGUCUGGGAUAAUAUCCCAGUUAAACAAUAUUGCUACAUAAAARUGAUUCUGAGUUACAUUACUUCCUAGCUCCUGACACCAAGUUGACAGAAAGGGAAAGGUGUUGAUUAAAGUUUGCAAUGUUCUUUGGUGAUUUGAUACAUAAUUUAGUAUGAAUUGAAUUUAAGAUUUUUCAUCAAUUUYCAAGCAAAUUAAUUUAAAUUACUAUUAAUGUGAGCAGAUUGUCAUUGCUGGUCUGUUCAUAACACCAAGUUGGCAAUUCCUCAAAGUGCUGUUUACUUGGUAUUGAUUUCAGUCAUCACUGCAAUCUGUUUCCUCWUUCUGUCUCUACUAGCAUUGAGUUCUUACCCAGUUGGUGAAUCUGAAAAGUUUUUACCCACUUCCCAGGUGCUCAUUGUGCCUCUUCUUGGCUGUCAUAGGGAACACUUGAAGUGAUUUUUAAAUGUUAUGUUUAUAUAUAGGAGAUUGACUAAUUSUCAAGUAUAACUUUUCUCACUUUCUCUGUCUUCUCUUUCACAUAACAAUUUAAUCCUUGCCAACCAGGUAUACAAAGUGUCAGCUACUGAAUGCCAGUAAUUUUUUUUCCCCUUACUAACUUUUUCAUGCACUUUUGUUGAUUUCCAUUGUUCUGUGACUUCUCUCAAGUUGAAUUAACUGGUAUUCUGACCACUCCAGAGUGGCUCAAACUCUAAAUGAACUGAGAGUUGAGUGUCCCCAGMAUUGCAAUGAGUUUUGUGUGAAAAUAUGGCAUUGCUGGAAUAAGAGCCUACUUUUGGGGUUUUUUGGUCUCAUGCUUAGGAUGAGUUUGCACUCAUGCAGUCACUGUUGCAGCCAAUGUGCAGGUACCUGAACAAGCCUAGACAUCAGUAGCAAUUUGGGCACAAGGACCACGUGAAUUUUUAUUAGCUGAACUGAUGGUAAUCUAGACUUCCUCUAGUAUGUUGCAGCAUUACACUGUAGCCCCAGUAAUAUUCUGAAUGUCAUUAUAAAAAAUGUCUUACUUAAUUUGAAAGCAUUUUAUGUUAGUUGUUAACCUUACACUCUUGACCUAGAUUACACAAAAUGCCAGUGUGCAGGCUGAGCUCCCUUAAAUAGAAUUCAUUUUAGACAGGAAAACCAUGCUCUUUAUUUAUCUCAUUUCAGAUUCUGUUCUAGCAAGAUUAGACCCAUGCACAAGGAGUCUCUUUAAUAAAUGUGCAYAAUCUCACCCCCARGCUGCACUGCACAAGAAAUGGGAUGAGAGGGAAAGAAAGUUCACUUUGUUCUUUAUCUUACCUGUGAGUGGCUUUUAAGUCUCAUGACCAGUUACCUGGUGAGAGCUCCAGAGGAAAUGACUGAGAGAGAUGCUGUUGUUAGGGAAAUGGAAAACUGGAUCUGCUGUUGAGUCUGYUCCUGGCAGAGCCUUGCCCUGCUUGAGGGGUGCUCAGGUGGAAUAGCUUCCAGCAGCUCUCUGCAAAGAUGGAAUUACCAUGGGAGAACUCUGACUCCAGCUUUACCAGCRUUGGGUUGUUACAUAAACACUGCAGCUGACCCUAAAUACAGACCCUAAAUCUCUAUUUAGUGCCACGUAAGCAAUUGAUUUUUGACUUUUGCUUCURAUGUUAAGGUGUAUGUGUCUAACAUUGGACUGUACUUUAUGUAGGAGACUUCAGAAUGCAAAACUCUGGAGAUGUUGAAAUAAUCUGCCAUUGGCAGUUUUUAAGCUCUGCAAAUACAGAGUUACCCAUCUACAAUUCCUAGAAGUGCUAUAUCUCUCCCUUAUCAGAAAAUGGCUGUUUCCUCAUCCCCCUUUCACUGUAAAAAGGAAACUCACCUGGGCACUGCUCUUCURUUAUCUAUAAAUCUUUGGAAUAGUUCUGUGCUUGCCUGCUGUUUUGCUCUCAUUAGCACAUCAGCCACAAAAAAACCCAUAUUGAUGUCAGUGUAACACCAGUGCCUUUAACCAAAUCCAAACACCAAAUUGCAAAUGAGAGCAGCAACUAAACAACUGGUCAUUCAAAAGCCUCAAUACUUCAGUGUAAUACUGCAGAGGGAGAUAAAAUCACUCUAAAUAUAGCAAUGUUCUGGAGCAAAAUGUCWGUUUUGGAGGUAUUUUAAAUUCUCAGUGUGCAUCUGUAGAGACUAUACCUGUCUUCAGUCAUAUUCUGUCAACGUAACACAAUUCUGAUAUUCUCUUCCUUUUGAGAAGAGACACCAAAGAAACCAGGGCAUACUGAAUGUUACUUCUUACUUUACAGUCUGUGUGUCUUAAUUUAUCAAAUUUUACCAAACUAUUACUUGCUGAGCUUUGUGUUGCCUUCACUGUUAGGUCUCACUGCUUCUUGCUGGUCCCUUUUGCUUUUCUGUCAUCCAGUGUCCAGCAGUGAACCAGUUGAGUUUUCAUUUGUGACGUGAUUAAUGGCUUCAGACAGGUGGUAAUUGGGUCAAGGAAGGGAGGGAGGAAGCAUUAGUGCCCAGUUCUGAUGUCUGUUUCACAUGGGAGAAAUCCUUGCAGUGUAAAACUUGGAUAUACAAAUCAAUUGUUUUACAGAAAUUCUUUGAUACAGAACUAAACCAAAGGUGAGGCUUCCUCUGCUUCAUUUCAUAAGCGGUGUGUAUUAAACCAAAUUUAUUAGAAAGUCAUCACUUAUAUUAGUAUUAAACCCGUAUUUUGUCUGUGAAGUCAUGAAUUAUAUAUGCUAUAAGGACUGAGCUCAUUUAUAUUCUCCACUGCUAAGUCAUGAUAAACUAAAAUUCUUCUUACUUUUCCUUAAAGUAAACUGAGCUUAGAGAAGGAAAGAUACAAAAAUACUCACUGAAGGAUCUCCUCAGCAUUCUUCGUUUUACAGCCCAGUUGGAAUUUUUCUUGAAGUCACUUGGUGAUGAAACAUUGCGAGUAUCUUCCAGAGUUCAUUUAUUCUYUUCCAAUGUUGUUGCUAAAGGACAGACAGGUAUGUGACAUUUAAAAAAAUCAUCCUYCUUAUCCAGAAUUUAAGACUCCAUAUUCAGAGUUUAAGUCAAUGAUACAGAACAGAGGAGGAAAUAAUGUUUUUUUUCUGGAUUUKAAGUAUUUUGGUUUGUAGAAUUUGAGAAGUAAUAAUUAAAAUAGUUUUUUUUUAUUUAUGGCAAGAUUUACCAUUUUCAGGAUUAAAUUAUUGUCAUUUUAUUUUCUAAUUAAGCAGUAAGAUGUGAGUGACUGUAAUUUCCACCCUCACUGCAAGUGUCUUGGGAUGAUUACUGCAAGUAAUCCACAAAUUCAGUAAUUGCCCUGGAACUGAGUGUCAUUUCACUGGUAGUAAAAUAAGCUUUAUGCUUGAAGACACAGGUAAGCUAUCAGACAAGCAGGUCAAACUGUCUGUGUAAGGAUGAAGCCACUUCAUAAAGGURAACACUUCACUCACAUGGUGCUGUUGUGCUCUGGUGUAAUCAGUCACUUCACUGCACUGCACUUCACUUUACAGGGAGCUCCAGAGCAGCCUCAGGAGCAGUGUCACUGACCACAUGGAGUAGUGGUCAAAAAACCCCCAUCAGGCUAAACAUCCUGCUGUUGUCCCACUAACCAGCUGAAGUUAAGCUUGCCUUUAAAAGCACMUUGCCCAGGCAGGCAGCUGCUGUCUGGACAAUGAGUGCUUUAGUCCUGUAGCUGAAUCAGAGAUCUGCAGAGACAUUUGCUGGGGCUAGGGAGAYGGAGGCCUUUUGCCUCCAAGAUAAUGAAUCUCCUCCCUUCAGACAGCCUAAUGUAGCCAUCUAAAUACACCUUGAAAAUUCUCUUCUUAACUGCUACUGUCCUUCUUGAAAGAGUUUUUUGGUAUGUCCCUACUGCCCUACCCUAGGGUAUCACUCACGUGGGCACCACUCUUCUAUUGUCUAGGAAUCUUUGGAGUAGCUCUCCUGUGCUUGCCUGCUGUGUUUCUCUUGACCUUUCCCUACAUUUSCAGCAUGAAUUAGAAACAAAUAGAAUAACUCCUGCUGUCUCCUAUAGGAUUCUGAAAAGCAGAUGGUGAUCCAAGCAGGGCUUGCUAGGGUGGGAUGUUUGUAGGGGUUGGGAGGGGGGAAGUGCUUCGGGGUUUUUCUGCUGCUCAGGAYUUGAGCAGCAACAAAGACAUAGGAGAUGCAGUUCUUGACUGAGUCUCAGAGGGUUCUUUCAUAUGGAAACAUAUUUUUAUAUUACAUUUGUACAGAAUUUUCCCUAUUUUGAUCUCCCAACCUUUUUAGAUUUGCGCAUUGCUCAGAUUUAAUUUCUUUUGCAAGGUGUUAUAAAAUAUAUAUUUUGUGUUUGUUAAUGUAUUAUAAAUGUAAAGCUAAAUUUUGGUUGUCUAAUAAAUGUCACUGUGGUGGUAUUUGGUUUAUUGUUUUGCUGACUUGAAUUUGUUGGUUCUUAAUAUGAAAAGGAAAAACUUGAGUCGUUGGGACUGUCUUGUUAGCAUAAAUGUGUGGAGUGCACUUAUUUUAAAAGUAAUUUAAAAGGGCUUAAGCAUGUAAUGGCUAUACUUGGUAACAAAGKUAGAGUUAAGUUAGGACUAGUUCACAAGAGUCUUUUUAAGAUCAUAAACUGAAGAUUCAUGAGAUUUUUUUUACCUUGUUCCCCAUUACUUUUGGUUAUGGAUACUCACACUAAAGUGAGUUUAAUACAUACAGAAAUUGCAAUCUGAUAACCAAAGUAUGUAUGAGCAGAUCUGAGAUAAAUGUUUUGGUGUAUUUAGGACUGGCAGAAAUUUUUACAGUGAACAUGAAGAUAAUGUUUUUAAAGAUUGAGAAUAGAUUCAAGUGUAUGAAUUUAUAGAUAAUUCCAAWGUCUAGGAGCUUUGUUUUGCCCAGGGACAGCACUGAAUAUGUUGUCACAACUCCAGGGAACCCAUUGGAAGCAUUACAAACUUUAGAAGAUAACUUUAGGCAUCUCCACUUGUGAAUAGUUGUGUUGGUAUUUUUGUUGCAAACUUGUUCCUUCAUUUUGAGCUGUUUUGUGAGUUUGAUUGUUUUCAGUGCAAAGAGGGAGAAAUGUAUUUUUCUAGAAGAAUGAAUGUACCUGGGAUUUAAGCACUACAGAAAGCAUGUAAUGAACAUGAAGGACUCUCCUCUUAUGAAAUAUAUUUCAAUAAAGUUAUGUAUGAAAUGUAGUUCAUUUGGAAAAAAAAAUCCCGAAGAUGCACUACAUUACCUGGAAAAAAAGCCCAAACAUGGUUUGAACUGAAUUCUGAAAUGUCUUUCUACAGGCAAUAAGUAUUAAUUAUUUAAUGUAAGUUAUGUUAGACAUUUGGAGUAAAUGUGAUAAUAUCUUAUGUUAAUUUAAAGAACAAUGUAACUAAGUGUCUGGGAAGAGAGUGAACAUAGAAAAUAUUGGUGUAUGUUUCUGAAAUCCAGAUUUCUAUAGCUGAGUCUGUAUUUGCUGGCAUUGAUCGUUUGUUGUGGCUAUUGAAAACCUGGACAAGAACAAGGAAUAGACCUUUCUUUGUGAAUGGAACUUGGCAAUAAAAAUGGUGUUACUAAAAAAACUUCCUUCAUU